AUGGCAUGGAAUGUCCGAGGCCUCAACAAUCCACACAAGCAACAUGAGAUUAAACAUCUAAUCUCAAACAAGAAGAUUGGAUUGGUUGGGCUCUUGGAAACAAGGGUGAAAACCCAGAAACUUGGUGAUGUAUACUUAAGAAUGUUUGCAGGGUGGUGUUUUUCUUCCAAUAAUGCUUGGCACAAGGGAGGCCGAAUAGUAAUAAGCUGGAAUCCAGCUUUGUUUCAGGUGGAUAUUAGGAAGUGUACAAGUCAAAUGAUACAUUUAGAGGUCAAGGCGGGUGGAAGACAGGAAGGAUUUUCUCUUACGUUUGUUUAUGCCUUUAAUGAUGCAAAUGGAAGGAAUUUUCUUUGGAGUGAUCUCAAAGACUUAGCAAGUAGAAUUAGACAACCAUGGGUGGUUCUAGGAGAUUUUAAUGAUAUCCUAGCUACAAAAGAACGAGUGGGGAACAGAACACAGGGAGCUGGGACUUUGGCCUUUAAAGAGUGCAUAGCUGAAUGCAAACUUGCAGAUGUGAAAUAUUUGGGAUGUUUUUUCACUUGGAAUAACAAGCAAGACAAAGAUAGCAGAAUAUACUCCAAGCUGGAUCGAGUAAUGGCCAAUCAAGAAUGGUUCAUCAAGUAUGAAUUGGCGGAGGUACAUUUCUUACCUGAAGGGAAUUUAGAUCAUUCUUCUGCUGUACUAACAGUCUAUCCAGAAGUUCGAGGGGGUGUAAGGCCUUUCAAAUUUUUUCGCAUGUGGCAAUUUGCAUCAGACUAUAAACAAAAGGUACAAGCUAGUUGGGAUCAGCCGUGUACUGGAUUUGCUAUGUUUAAACUGGUUCAGAAAUUGAAAAGGCUCAAAAGUGUACUCAGGGACAUAAACAAGGAGGAGUUUGGUAAUAUUUCAGUUCCUGAUACCUUAGCUUUUCAAAAGUUACUGAGGCAGCAACAAAAUCUACAAGAUGACCCUUUGAAUGCACAGUUGAUAAAACAAGAGGAAUUGGCCAGGCAGGAAUACUCGCACAAUCAUAAAAGCUACAUAUCCUUUCUCCAUCAGAAAUCAAAGUUGGACUGGUUACAAAAAGGAGAUGACAAUACCCAGCUUUUUCAUUCCAGCAUUCGAGCAAGGAGGAUAAGGAAUAGGGUCUAUACAAUUCAAGAUAUGAAUGGCAUUUGGGUGGAAACUCCUGGAGAGGUAGCUAAAGCCUUCCUCAUCUACUAUUAG